AUGGUAGCCAAACUGGCGCCUGGUCGUGAUACUCACUUGUUUGUGUUGGUCCAUGGUCUCUGGGGAGGGCCAAAUCACAUGCUCACGAUAGAGAAGUCAAUCCAUGAAGUGAUAGGACAUCAAAGUGGUGGUAGUGAUGAGAGAAUUGCCACAAUUAGGCCGUCUUCGUUUAGAUUUUGGAAAACUUACGACGGGUUGCGAUUGAACGCUGAAAGGGUGAUUUCCGAUGUGUUGUACGAGAUCGAAUUGAUAAGGCAGAAGCAAAAUUCGAAGGUUACCAAGAUCAGUUUUGUAGGAUAUUCCCUUGGUGGAUUAAUCUCCAGGUAUGCUAUUGGUAUGUUGAAUGACAUUGGGUUUUUUGACGAAGUGAAACCUGUCUUUUUCACCACUUUUGCUACUCCUCAUGUGGGGAUCCAUUUUUUCAACGGUACCAUUUUUGAUAAGAUUUCCAACCGAGUUGGACAUUACUUGUUUGGGAAGACCGGGAAGCAGAUGUUUAUCGAAGAUGAUGAUAAGAUUUUGGUGAAAAUGGUUGAACCAGACGGUACCUGGUUUAAAGGGUUGGCCAAAUUUGAGAAACAUGUUCUCUUGGCGAACAUUAAAAAUGAUAGAACAGUGGCCUUUUUCACAUCAUAUUUAAGCGAAUAUUCUCCCUUUGAAGAGUGGGAUAAGGUGAAAAUCAAAUAUUUGAAAAGUUUACCUACUGUUAAAAUUGGGAAGAUUGAAGUACGCCCGAAGUUUGUUGAUUUCGAAAGAUCUCACGUUUUGGAAGCCACCGGCAAUGAAUUUGAGAACAUUCAGGAAGAGACUUCCUGGUUAAGAAGAAACAAAGUUAUUAGAUUUACUUUAAUCUUCGUUGUUACGCUUUUGAUUUUGCCCAUUUGGAUCCCAUUCGUGUUGUGUAGUACUGCAUUUGCCAGUGCUUAUAGUGCGGUUAAAGUGUUGGUAGUUAAACACCCAGAAGUGAAAUCACACUGGGAAAGAGUCUACAAUUCUGUAUAUGGAGAAUUGGGGCCCAUUGACGUAGAAGAUGCCAAAAUUGGGCAAAAGAAUAGAGAUCAGAGGAGAAAAUUAAGGCAUGCAGAAUCAUUUAAGGGUGAUACGUCUGACUUUACUGAAAGUGCAAUGACGAAUUUCAUUUAUGCAGAGGAAAGAUUAACUGGUAGAUCCCCUAAAAUCGUGGAGCAAGAUGAGGGCGGACAUUCUGGUGAAACUACUAAAUUUGACCACGAUGAUAUUGAAGAAGAAGAUGAGAACGAAGAUGAAGACAGAGUAGAAGGACAUGAAGUGGAAGACUCUUCGCCAGAAACUAAGUCUUUCCUUGGCAGUAUAACUUCGAGCGUCAAGGAAAAGAUUAUAGAUGUGAACAUAGAAGCUAACGAUGAGAUCAUUGGAAAUCACUUGGAAAAGCUACAUGGGAAAGAUUUGAGUAAGUUCCCAUUGUUUACCCCACAAACUAAGUUGAAAAUGGAUGAGAAUCGAAAAUACAUAAUUAAAUCUUUGAACACCCUUGAUUGGAUUAAAGUUCCUGUCUAUAUCGAUGCCUGGAAUGCCCAUGACGGGAUUGUUGCUAGAAGAGGUCCUAGAACAAAUCCUAAGGGAACAGCUACGAUUUUGUUAUGGGCAUCUAUUUUGAGACGUCACUUGAUGGAAACCACCAAUGGUGAACUUCUGUGA